CUCUCUUUCUCAUUCUCAUUCUCAUUCUCUUUCUCUUCUUAUUUUUUUUUAUAAUAUAUAAGCACCUUCCAUGUCAUCUUCUCCAUCUUUUUCAAAAGAGACUAUUUCAAAGAAAGACAACAUAAUUAAAGAUCAGUUUAAUAACCAUCAACGUGAAAGGGCUCGAAAGAUAUCACAUAGUGCCAUUGAACGAAGGCGACGAGAACGAAUGAAUGAUAAGAUAUCACGACUUAAGGAAUUGAUACCAUCCUGUGUAGAACAAGAAAAUAUUCAUAAAAUGACUGUCUUACAAAGUGCUAUUGAUUACAUCAUUCAUCUUAAGGAAAUUGUUAUUAAGAGUGGCCAUGAAGAAGAACUAUUAUUGUUGCAUCACUCAUCCUCACAAUGUAAGAGAUUGAUAUCUUCUAAAUCAAAGGAAACCAACCAUUUUAAAAAUCAGUGUUCGAUUGAUGAAAGGAGCAAGGAGGACUUGAGAUGUAUAAAUGAAAUUCAAACCGAGGAAAGAAUAUCUCAUAUACCUUUAACUCCUCCUGAGGAGAACAAUAGUAUGACAGAUGAUAUGAAACAUAUGAGCUUACAAAAUAUUCUUUGUUGA